GUCCACCGGCGUCUGGGCUGGGCUGCCCCGUGCCCGAGGCCGUCAGGUGCCGGCCGGCCCGCCGCUGGGGAUCUCCCCGGCUGGGCGCUCCCUCAGCCGCGGCGGGAGACACCAGGAGCGGCCUCUUGUGUGUGUGGGGCCAGGCCCGGCCGCCGUGCUGUGCCUCGGCAGCGCCGGCGAAACUGAGCCGAAAAUCCGCGAGCAGAGCGGUGCUGGGAGAGGACGGAGAGCUCGGAAUUCCCCUGGCGCCGAGGUUGUUUGGGAAAGAAAAACUUCACAGCCUUCCGAAAUACAAAACUGAUUCCCAUGGAAACAUCCUCGUCCUCUGAUGACAGUUGUGACAGUUUUGGUUCUGAUAAUUUUGCAAACACAAAAUGCAAAUUUAGGUCGGAUAUUGGAGAAGAACUGGCAAAAAUUUUUCAUGAAGCCUCUGAUGAUGAAUCUUUCUGUGGCUUUUCAGAAAAUGAGGUUCAAGAUGCGUUGAAACUGGAAUCGGAUUCAGAGGAGAAUGAUACAAGUGCAGAAAGUGAGGUAGCUCAGAGAGGGCGGAAAUGCUCUGUUCCUCUAAAAGUAGCCAUAAGGUUUCCACCUCGAAGAUCGGAGAGGAGGAAGGGUGAGAUAGAACCUCUUCCCGAAACACCAAUGCCUGCUUCAGAUUCAGACUCUGACACUGAAGACAAGGGUGCCAUGUUUUUAGAAAAAAGAGCUUUAAACAUAAAGGAAAACAAAGCAAUGCUUGCAAAACUAAUGGCUGAGUUGCAAAAUGUUUCUGGUAUCUUUGGUGGGAGAAAGUCACUGCCAGCUGUCAGUCAUGCACCAAAGCGACUUCCAAGGCGUUCAUCACCCAGAUAUGCUUUGAGGAGGAACCCAGAUCGAAGUUCUCGGCCUCACACAAGGUCCAGGUCCUUGAUUGAAGGUCCUCCUACUGUUUUACCAGAAGAGGAAGAAGAUGACCAGUACAUCUUAGUGAGAAGAAGAAAGGUGUCUGAUGAAUACCUGGAGCAUGAAGCCCGAUCUCCCAGGAGGGGUCACCGUGGUGCCAUGGCUUUUCCACACAUUGUGCGCCCAGUUGAGGACAUAACAGAGGAAGAGCUCAAUAAUAUUUGUGGAUCUGCAAGAGAAAAAGUAUAUAACAGGGCCAUGGGAUCCACCUGUCAUCAGUGUCGCCAAAAAACCAUUGACACCAAGACAAACUGCCGUAGCCCUGACUGCGUGGGAGUACGGGGCCAGUUCUGUGGGCCCUGCCUCCGCAACAGAUACGGGGAGAGUGUCAGAACAGCCCUGCUGGAUCCGACAUGGAGGUGCCCACCAUGUCGUGGAAUCUGCAACUGUAGCUUCUGCAGACAAAGAGAUGGCCAAUGUGCAACAGGUGUCCUGGUCUAUCUGGCCAAGUACCAUGGCUUUGACAAUGUCCAUGCCUACUUAAAAAGUCUGAAACAAGAACUUGGAAUGGAAGACUGAAGCUGUGACUGCCUUUAAAUUUCAUACUCUUUCACCAGUGUCAUAUUAUUGCCUACAGUGAAUUGUUUAAUCAAAUGAGAUUACAAAGUGCCUUCCUUCCUUCCCCUUUUGGGUAAAAAAGGAUAAAGGACUUUCAUUUAUUUCAGUAUAAAUCAUACUUGAGAAAACUGUUUAACGAAGGUCUUCACCCACAGGCCAUUGUUUUCUCUUUAAACAACUUUGCAAAAGAGGUAAUAUCAAUAUCAGUCCUCGCUUUCAUGCUGGUAACUUCUUUUUUUUUUUUUACCUGAAAGGAGAUGGGGCUUUAAGCCAUUAGUUUCACUCAUGCAGCAAUCUGUGCUGCAGGCUUACUUAUGCUUUGAAAUUGGUCACAAAAAGAUAGAGAUAUUCUGAAAACUCAGGGCACUUUUCUCCACAGAACCAAACAACCAACUUCUGCAAUACAGACACUUACUAAACAUUAAUGAUCAAUUAAUCAAUUUAGAAUUCUCUAAAACAGCAGCAUGUUCUUAAGUUCAAAAAGGAAGUUUUAAAAAUUGCAGCCAAGCAGUCUCCAAGCACUAAUUUUUUUGGUUUUACAGAGUACUAAAAGUACACAUUGGCCAUAUCAAGGGAGGUUCUCUGAGCGACUUUUGCAGCAGAAGCAGUUUGAGGUGGCACUUUGUAUUUUUGGCCACUGCUGAAAGCUUCUACAGCACUAGUGCUGCCUGUUGGUGACAACAAUGUGAACGUACUGGUACACAUUAUGGAGUGACCACUGUCUGAAAUGGAAUGUACUCUUUGUUAAAUCACUGUUUUGGUGGACUCUCCUCCCUGCUCUUGCUGCAACUGCAGAACUGCUUUGCAGAAUCAGCAAUGGUCCUGGGAAAGAGGGAUGCCUCCAGACGAGGUCUUGGCUACGUAGGGGGGGUAGUGGUUCAUGUGGCUAUUGGCCAGCUACAAGUGGAUGAAAGGUGGUAACUUGUUUAAUUUGUCAGGGAAAGUGGCAAUGCAUGUUUCUGUGUCUGGCUCCAUGUGAUCGUGGAAGGCUAUUUCACAUGAUGUUUAUGAAACAAGUACAGCAUAAACGGAGCUGAAGAAUUCCAAUAUGCUUUGUGCAUGGUGUCUCCUGGACACUGCUGUAGAAAAGAAGGUGCCACGAAAAUUGCAUCCAGAGAACCACAAAGUGUAAAUGUGCUUAGUUUGGUUAUGGAAACUACUGUGUAAUCUUUAUGUAAGGUUUAGAAUGCUGUGUUACAAAUAAUGUACAGUUCAAUAGUAGAAGAAUCAACUUGGGUUUAGACUUCUCUGCUUGCACAGUACUUGCUCUGUGUGUAGUCAUAAUGAUCCACAGUUUAUUCCUUUCUGGGGAUUGCAUAAGUGUGUGUGGGAGGGGAAGAGAGAGGAAUUUAGAAACAAAAGAUAUUUAUGUCUCAGUCUUGCAGUUAUGUUUCAUAAAUCAUUUCUCCUGUGGAAAAUCUCCUGUCCUCUCUUGAUGUGUUUUUAUAGUGUGAAUAGCUCUGCAAUCUGAGGUGGAGAGUGCUCUUCCGUCUAGGUACAUUUUGUGAAGAAGGAGCUCAUUUUAGAAAUACAUGUUCUGACAGAUAAAAGUUUUUUUUUUUUGUUUCCUCCUAAUUGCUUGGCUUUCCAUCUGAUUGCUAGAGUGUGAAAGUACUGUGCUAAAAGCAAACCCUUGUGUCAUAUUAUGGAGACUGCUGUAUUUAGAUUUACUCAGAUCUUCAAUGUUCUGUAUAACAUGUUUUAUUUUGAAAAUAAAAAUUUUCAGGUUUA